AUGUCCACGUGGAAGUCGAGGCUCACCCAGAGCUUAAAAUUUCCGUCUCGAAGGAUGCACUCCUUCCCAUGCUCAGCUCUGCUGGCUUGUUUUGGGAACACCAGGGAGAAUGCUGCCUUUGACCAGUCCAGCUCGACGGAUGCUCACGCCACCGUUUACGUCCAGCCCAUGGCCAAAGCAGGCAGACAUCCAAGUGACCCUGAGGUGGAGGAGAGAGCCCCAGAGAAAAGGCGAGAUUCUAGCAUGCGCUCGGAGCGAAACGGCAGUGCUAGCGGCAGUCACAGCAAACACGCCGCUGUCCCGCCUGCGGAGAGCCACGAGGAUCUGCCCAGGUCCCUGAACGACGAACCAGACUGCGAAGCGGUUACUUUCCAGACGUCCAUCCCUAGACCAUCAAUUAUUGACAUGCCAAAGGGAGAAGAAUUCCAUCAAGAGCCCCAGUGCCUUGAGCAGGAACAGAAGACGCUGUCAGACGGCCUGCUAGAGGAUACUGACCCCAAAGACUCCUGUCUCAUUCCGAGAAACAUCAUGGCUGAGCCAGACUAUAUAAAUGAUGACAAUCCUGAACUAAUUAGGCCCCAGAAGCUAAUCAAUCCUGUCAAAAUAUCCCGAAACCAUCAAGACCUCCACAGAGAGCUUCUUAUGAAUCAAAAAAGAGGUCUUGCCCCUCAGAAUAAACCAGAAUUGCAGAAGGUGAUGGAGAAGAGAAAACGAGAUCAAGUGAUAAAGCAGAAGGAGCAAGAAGCGCAGAGGAAGAAAUCCGACCUGGAAAUAGAACUAUUCAAGAGGCAGCAGAAGUUGGAGCAGCUUGAACUUGAGAAGCAGAAAUUGCGAGAAGAGCAAGAAAACGCCCCCGAGUUUGUGAAGGUGAAAGGCAAUCUCAGGAGAACAGGCCAGGAGGUGGUUCAGGCCCAGGAGUUCUAGGCCUGCCCAGGAUGCCUGUGACCUGGUGCGUCCCCACCAUCUCUGCGGGAGCCCUGUCUAGGUGCCUCUGCAGCACUCAUCUUGGGCCAAAGUCCUGAGGAAGAGAAUCCAUACAGCCGAGAAUUUUGACUAUCAUAAAAAGGAUUGGGUUUGGUUUAUCAUUGUGGUAGAUGAGUUGUCUUUGACGGUAUCUAUUCCCCUUCGCCAAAUGAAAGACAUCGACUCAAACGCAAGUCAUCAUGGACCCGUGUUUAGCCUUUGGACAAAGAAAAACACAAAACAAGCAAAGAGAACUAGGAACAGGGCACUGGAAUAUGCUUGAGGGUUGCACUACUCUGCUUUUCUUUCAUUCCAAGUUUAGUGGGACACAGCCUUGUUUCUUUAAAAACUAAAGAAAUUGUGUGGAAUCCUUCCUUUGGUUAGCUGGAUUGCAUCAAAAUGCAUUUCAUCUGUUACAUCCAGUAUUUGGUUUAUAUUUUUCCCCACAUUACAGAUUAAGAAUGGAGGAUGUCAACAUUUAUGAUUAACCAUACCUCUUAUUUUGGUUGACAUUGAAGUUCAGAAGCAGGAUAAGAAAUUAUAACAUCUCAAAAAAAAAAAAAAAAAGAAAAAAAAGAAAUUAUAACAUCUCAACACCCAUCAUUAAACUUAUUGUUAUUCUUUAGGUUCUUGGUAUGACAGUAUGCUACUUGUUGCCUUUCUACUUCCAAGAAGGUACAUCGUGUCAAUUCCCUUAUUGUUUUGAUAACCAUAGCCUUUCUGUUCAGUUUUAGUUUGUCAUUUCUUGCUCAAAACUACUAUUCCUUUUAGAUGAAGUAGUCCUUCAGUUCUUCAGAGGAUGAAACUAGAGGGUAUAGCUCAACGUCUGUGUCCCAUAUAGAGACGCCAGAUCUUUUGAGUUCUCCUCAGAGCAGUGUAGAGGCGUGUACAUUAGGACUGAGUGACAAGGUUUUUAGAUAGUAUAUGUGAUGCAAACAAAGAUCUGUUUCCAGGAGACUUUAGUGGAAGACUAUACCUUUUGCAUUUUGAGUAUCUUAGAUUUUAGCUUUGAACAUUUCUGGUGAAUGGUCAUGAGUUUCCUCCCCCCUUUGUUUCUCGACUGUUUUGGCGCUCUCUAAGCCUGAUGCUGUUGGUAGGGAUGGUCUUGACUCCUACGCUGCAUCUCUCAGGAAAAGCUGAGGUGCUGGGCAGGGCUGCUCAGCUUCCUUUUGCUAGCUAGCAUGCUGUUCAAAGAGACAUCUAACUUACAAAUGAUAUGAAAGCUCUCAUGCAAAUAUAUUUUAUACUGUAGGCAUGGGAGGGUUUUUUUUUCUCCUGUAUUUAGUAUUUCUCCACAGAGAUGAUUAACCAGUAAUUUCUACACUGAAGACUUCUAUUUCCUUUCAUGAGGCAUAGAAUGCUGGAUGUAGUGCUUUGGAAUCCUUGAUUAGCACACUAGAUGCUAGCUUCCUCUGGGAACACUUCAGUCUGGUAGUUAACAGGCCCAUGUUCUAGCCAAGCUUGAAUAAGAAAUAAAUGGAUGAUAAUUCACUGCUAGAUAGAGAAACAUGAGAGCUGAUUACAGCAGAAAUGGAUUUUUGGUCUUGUCAGCAAGUAUUAUCUAAAAUACAAGAUGCUGUAGAUAAAAUUGUUUGCCUUUGAGGAUUGGAAUGGAUGGUGACUACUCUUUCAUCUUCCUUCCUUUUGGGAAAAGAAAGUUCAUUCACUGAUUGUUGGGGAAAAAAAAUCUCCAAUGCACAUUGAUUAUUCUUUCUCUUUGUGCACACAGUAAAGAUGUCAGGUGGUAAGGUGACGAUUCAGGAUGAUUAUACCUUUUUAUCUAACUGGAAGUUAGCUCUUGAGAUGUCCUGCCACUUGACAGGAUCUUCAAGAGCCAUCAUCAGCUCCUAUGGAAGGGCUGAUGCUGUUCCUAAGACUAAGGAACUCAUAGACCACAGGGGAAAAGUUAACUACAAACAUGCUUCCUUCUUGAUUGCACUCAGACCUGCCAUCUUCCUUGGUGGUUAGUGCUCCAGUGCUCCAGGGUCUGGCCAAAAGAGGAUGUGUAAAUACUGAUGGCUUCUGCUAGGUCUCAGAGCAUACAGGCGGUGGGGCUUUUAGAACUCUGCUCAGCUCAGGAGCCUGCAUUUUGGAAUGCCGUCACCCUUUCUUUGCACUUGAACACUGUAUAGUCCAAGCCCCUAGGACAUAUCACCAUCUGAGAGCAGUGUUGUGCUUUGAGCCACUUAUAGGGAAAAAGAAAAAGGCUCCAUUUUUCCACUCUGUAGUUUUCUUAAAAUAGUUCUGUGUUUUGUAGUCUCCUGCUAGUAAAGUAGUAUUGCUUUCUAAGCUAUAACAGUUGACUUUAUUCUUCUACUCCGAGAAUCUCAACCCGUUUGAGUGUACAUAAUAUAUAUAAAGGGAGCCUUAAUGGAUUUGUUUUCAUAAUUUAAUAUUUUUUGUAUUUGCUCUUGUAUAAUUGUUUUUUUAAUGGAAAGUAUUACAGAAUCAAGGGUGGAAUUCUUAGAACCAAAGUUAUUCUUAAUAAAAAUCACCAGUGCUUGGACCACA